AUGGCCCUGGCCACAACAAAGGGUGCGAAGCCAGUUGGCGUCAGCAAGAAAACAUCUGCCGCCGAGGAAUCAUCUGCCGUCGAGAAUUCCUAUGUCGCUCCAGCGAAUCUGCAAGCUAUUUGUAGGAUAAACUGAUUGUCGAUUUUCUUUUCGCGUUCGAGGUCGGUUUAUUGAGCUUGAAGAAGAAGAAGACUACGGCGACCAGAGACGCAAAGCGUGGACCGAAGAUCUCUGGCACUCCACAGGCCCGUAUUGCGUAACUGAGAAGUCUAUGGUUAUCAACAAGAAACCACUGGUCUCACCAAGUUCGUCAGCAGUUAUUAGCCGGUUGUUGUGA